GAAGCCACAGCCCACUGUCCAGCAUCAGUCCCUCUCUCUACUGCCAGUGACAAAGACCAUGGCGCCCCUGUUACUUAUCACCCUCUCCCUCACCCUCCUCCUCACUCCAACCACAAGCCUUAACACGGUCGACACAGUUACUCCCUAUAUCCAGCCAGAUGGUCACGAAGUUCGAGCAAGCCUCUUCGUCAACCAGCUGGCGAUCAUGGAACUGGUCAGCCAACUGAAGCACGGGGUUGGAAUCUCCACUACCUCAUGCCAAGCCGUGGAGGAGAACUUGGUGAGCAUAUCGUCGACGGUGAACGAGACGUCGUCAACAGUGUUGCAACUCUCCCAAGAAAACACAGCAGACAGCACCAGCGUGAGGGAGGCGCUGGCGGAGGUGCAGCAGCAGCAGCAACAGCAGACUGACUUGGUUACUUCCCUCCACAACCAACACACAGCCGUGGAGGAGAACUUGGUGAGCAUAUUGUCGACGGUGAACGAGACGUCGUCAACAGUGUUGCAACUCUCCCAAGAAAACACAGCAGACAGCACCAGCGUGAGGGAGGCCAUAGCGGUGGUGCAGCAGCAGCAGACUGACUUGGUUACUUCCCUCCACAACCAACACACAGGCGUUCAGCAUCAGCUAGAGAGAGUGACGUCUGCCAUGGAAGGCUUACAACAGCAGAUAUCACAGCUACAGGAGACGACUCAACCGUCCCUGCUAACCUGCCCUGGGGAGUUCUUCGUGUUAGAGCGUCAGUGUCUUCUCGUCAACAGGGAAGAAAAACUCAGCUGGACCGACGCCCGUACUUGGUGCCGCAACAAAAGAGGCGACCUGGCUAUCCCUCAAGAAUCUCCCGCUCUCGUGUCUCUGUUGAAAUCAUUUAAAAUUGAUGAAAACUUCUGGAUGGGUGCGUCUGACCUGGCUACAGAGGGAGUCUUUCUUGACGUGUCAAACAAACCCAUCAAUUUGGGGUCAUCAUUGUGGCAUGUAGGCGAACCGAGUGGAAGUGAAGACUGUUUCCACCUUUGGCAUAAUAAUGUACACGGAUGGAAUGAUGCUCAUUGUACGCGUCAUGAAUAUUUUAUUUGUGAGCAUCAGCCAAUAUAAGAUAUAAUACAUCAGGUCCAUAGGUUAGUUGCGGUUCCUUUGUGACUGUGUGGUCCCUGAUGGCUAUGGCGGUUUAUCUUGUAGAGUCAAGAUGUCCUACCAGGCAGGUGUCUCUUUCCUCACUCCUACAGAGAUGAGUGGACACUGGACACACACACACACACACACACACUAUAUACAGUACAGUGUGCGUGAAUUUUAUUUUUGUACAAUAUAUCAGUAUUUUUAUUUUCACAGGUGUAUGUUAUGCCCUCUGUUAUCUUCACUAUUACAGUUCUCAUUAUCUAGACCAAUAAAGUUUAGCAUACCAUUAUCUGCCUUUUGUUAGUAAUAUUUUCUUUAACUGGUAUAACAUGAUGUAAGGAGCUAACAUGUCUCUUAACUAGGUCACUACAGUGUUACCAACCACUUACAGUACAUGUAUUAGGUUGUAUAAAGUGCUUAUUGUGGUCAUUAUCACUCACAGAUUAGUGAUGAGGUCACUUAUGAAUAGAAUUGGAAUAGAUGUUAUAUCAAAAUAAUAAAAUGUGUUUGUUCAUGUG